AUGGGGAACGCACCAUCGCGUCAGCUGUCAACGUCGAAGAAGAAGAGGUCUGGGAGCACCAGCAAUUCUGCGGAUGAUGAGCUGCCCCAAUUUACGCGCACAGACACUAGUCAGUCUGUGAAGAGCUCUAGAUCUGUUAGAUCCACACGCUCACGAAAGUCGCAGUCAGGUUCGGUGCCCGGGACGCCCAAGACAGCAUCCAGCGAUGCAAAUGUCAUUGCGUUGCCAGAGGGCUCUUCCAGGAAGAAUAGCAACUCUCAUGGCAAUAUUCCUGCCCUGUCGCGGUCCAAUUCACAACAUAGUUUCACGCCGCACCAACACAUAAACGAGGCGCAGCAGGAACAGCGGGUGUCGCCCGACCAGCUGCGGGCUCCCCGCGCUGCGAGUUUUAGCAAUGGAACAGGCGAUCUCCCUCCCUCAAUGGUACAGAUGGAGCCGAAGUCUCCAAUAUUGCGACAUUUUUCCUCCUCUAACCAUAUGAACACCUCUUAUAAUGAAAAUUCGCUGACUGAUGAUGACAUGGACGCUAACUAUGGGGUAGAAAGCAAUGAUGAUUCCCAUUCACAUAGGUCACGGAGAGAGUCAAGGAGGAGGAGCAGCGGCUCGAGCCAGAGAAGGAGGUCCGGCAGCAGCCAGCAGCAUUUGGAGCUCCCUUCAGUGCCCACAACGCUGAGUCGUACCUCCUCGCAUUCGAGUUCUCAUAGUAGGAAAUCUUCCCUGAGUGCAAUUGGGGGCGGAAAUUCGGUCUACUCUACGCCGAUGGCCUCUCCAGCAGUCCGGAAGGAUGAUGGCAUGGACUACUUCUGCGGGGCAGACACCGUCUACGGGGGAUCGAAAGACGUUCUCGACGGCGCAAUUUUGGAAAAGGGACAAGAACAUGAUCAUGGUGUGGAUUCUGGCGCAGGCGAUGUUUAUGGCCACGAUAUACCACAGGAUCCUGAGGAGAUAAUGUCUACGAAUGAUGGAACAAUGCCGAAAAAGAAAAAGUCGAUCAAACCACUUGAUAUUGAUGAGAUGAUACAAAAGUUAUUGGAUGCUGGUUACCUAGGAAAACGUACUAGAAAUGUGUGUUUGAAAAAUUCAGAGAUUGCCCAAAUAUGCCAUUUGGCCCGUGAGAUCUUCUUAUCACAGCCAUCUCUCUUGGAGCUUUCUCCCCCUGUAAAAAUAGUGGGUGAUGUGCAUGGCCAAUAUGCAGAUUUAUUACGGUUAUUUACCAAAUGUGGCUUCCCUCCUUCAUCUAACUAUCUUUUUCUAGGGGACUAUGUUGACCGUGGCAAGCAAUCUCUAGAAACUAUUCUACUACUACUCUGUUAUAAAAUUAAAUACCCAGAAAACUUUUUUCUCUUGAGGGGAAACCACGAAUGUGCUAAUGUCACCAGGGUAUAUGGGUUUUACGAUGAAUGCAAGCGUCGUUGUAAUAUCAAAACAUGGAAAUUGCUUAUUGAUACAUUUAACACGCUACCUCUAGCUGCAAUUGUGGCGGGAAAGAUUUUCUGUGUCCAUGGGGGACUAUCGCCCGUGUUGAAUUCUAUGGAUGAGAUUAGGCAUGUGAGCCGACCAACUGAUGUGCCAGAUUUUGGCUUGAUUAACGACCUGCUAUGGUCCGAUCCGACUGAUUCUCCAAACGAAUGGGAGGACAAUGAACGUGGCGUGAGCUACUGUUAUAACAAGGUUGCUAUCAACAAGUUUUUGAAUAAGUUCGGUUUUGACCUAGUAUGCAGGGCUCACAUGGUUGUGGAAGAUGGGUACGAAUUUUUUAAUGAUCGAAGUUUGGUAACGGUCUUCAGUGCUCCGAACUACUGCGGAGAAUUUGAUAACUGGGGUGCCGUAAUGAGUGUUAGCGAGGGUUUACUCUGUAGCUUCGAAUUGUUGGAUCCCUUGGACAGCGCUGCGUUGAAACAGGUGAUGAAGAAGGGCAGACAAGAACGUAAACUAGCUAAUAAACAACAGCAGAACCUUCAGGAAACUAAUUAA